CUCGAAUCAUGGCCAUCCUUCAUAGACACGAGAAAUUUACGCAGUCCCUAGUCAUCUUUUGUACGGACUUUGGUGCAGACGUUGACUGUGCUAGGCAGUUAUCACAGUUUUCGGUCUGAUUGUAUCAUCUGCUAUGGGAGAGACGUGGAUUAAUGUUUUAAAGAGCGUUGGCCCGAAGCUGGUGCCAUUCUUUAAGACGGUUGCCAUCUACUUUGUGCUUCUCAUCCCAGAGGAGAGACCGUCGCUGUUCGCCAUGCUCAUCAAGUGCUUACCAAUUAUCAGCCUGAUCGUAUUUGUACUGCUUCACGGCAUGAGUCUGGGAGACGAGUACACAUUUUCACGUCGCAUUUUAACCGGUCUACUUUUCUCUUGCCUGGGUGAUGCACUGUUAAUCUGGCCGCACUAUUUCAUGCAUGGCAUGGCAGCAUUUGGAGUGGCACAAAUCAUGUAUACAGCAGCAUUUGGCUUCAAGCCACUUAACGCAACUCUUGGGGCUGCUCUCUACGCGUUUGGUGCAACAGCUUCUAUGCUCCUGAUGCCAGGUCUCCAUGGGAUUCUGGCAGCUGGCGUUCCUGUUUAUGGUGUUCUGCUUAUGACUAUGAUUUGGAGAGCAACUGCCCGAGUACAGUUCUUUCAAGAACUUUGGACCUGGACAAAAUUAUGUUCCUGUGCAGGGGGUAUUGUCUUUGCUGUCUCUGAUAUUCUCAUUGGCUUUCAUCGUUUUCACAGGCCCAUUCCACAUGCGCAGGCACUCAUUAUGAUAACCUACUACUCAGCACAGCUUGGCAUUGCCCUCAGUGUUGUUGACUCUAAAGCAAGUUACAAUAAAGCACAAGCCAAUGCAUUGGCUAGUAAAGAGCCCGCAGCUAGUACAAGCAGUCAUAUCGGGAAGAAGAUUCAGAGGACAAUCCCAUUACAGUAAUCUGUAACUCUAUCCCACCACCACUGCCACCACGGCACUCAGAAAUAAAGAAGGUUUGCAAAGAAGAAAACAAUUGUAAUUAAGUGUAAAGGAAAUAAAUUAAAGUAACCUAAUCUGACCUAACAUAACCUAAUAUUGUUGGCAACAUGAUAAAAUGCCAGCCAGGAACUAUGCUCAGUACUCCUUAACUAUACUUAAAAGAUCACAUGUAAGUAGUCAAAACCUGUAUUAAUUGGCAUUACUGUGAAGUUUCUCAUUUUAUAAAACUGAGUGUGAUUCUGAUGGGUCACCUGCACCAUACCCUUCACUUAACCUGAACUACUGGAAUAGAAUGUUAUUAAACAAUUUUGUACCUUUUACUAGUAUUAUAUUUCUUUACUUUUGCAUAACAUACAUAAUAUUAUCAAUCUUUAGGUAAAAACAUUAUCUUCUGCAUGCACAAAACGAAAUUACUGAAACAACAGCAUGCAUAUUCAGACACAGAAAUGCAUAUGUAAUAGCUAAUCAUGGCCAGUUACUUGUACACAAAAUCUUUGCUUGAACAGGUAAAUUUUCCCAACUACGGUUAGUACAAAUAAGUCACUAAUAUAGCCAAUGUGUAAAUUUUGGUGUUGCAUUUCUUAUUAUAUUACACAUUCCUUUUACAGCAGAUAUUAAUAAAAUUAUAUUAUAUAUAGGCCUACAUGUUGUGUGAUAAACAUAUCUUGAAAUAGAAUACAAAGUCAAACAGUGUUUUAUGGAGAAUUUCAUAUAAUUAGUGUUGGCCAGAAAUCAAAAUGGUAUUUAUUUAUAUAGAUAUCAAACAAACAGUGUCAUUAAACAUACCUUAAAGAAGUCUUUUUUACAGUAAGAUUUACUUGCCUUCUUUAAAUGUCCUGUCUCUUCACAUUACCUCCCAAAUGAAACACAGUAGAAAUGUCACUUCCAUACAGAAAACAGAGAGUCCAUCCCAGAAGAAGUCAGUAACCAGUCUCCAAAACAUCUGUAUGAAACACAUUUAUCAUUGGUGGUUGCCACCACUAUGUAUGUGACAAACUACAUGAUGAAAAAGUUCCCCUUUUACCUACUAGAUGGCAGAAAAUAAGGGGUUUGAUGAUUUUUUUCAAUAUCAAACUCACAUUAAGUCUAUAAAAGCAAAUAUCUGGCUCAGUGAUACUGUCAUUAGUUUUAAAGUUUAGAAUGUGAAGAUACAAUGGAUUAUACCAUACCUAAUUAAAUAUAAAACUUCCUUAAAGUCUAUAAAUAACUGGGUUGUAUGCACUUGUUUAUCUCUGCCUUGUAAAGUAAUGAUUGGGUAUAUCACAGAAUUGACACUAUGUAGUCUGAGCUGUUGACAGCAUCAUUAAAUAAGUCAUCAAUAAGUAUAUUAUAAAUGUGACAUCAUUUCUUUCAUAUAAUACAGAACUGUACAGAAAUUUAAGAGUGUUGUUGAACAGAUGUAAAAUAUUGCAUUAUACUAUACCGAGUAUUUUAAGUAAGCUUCCACCGACUCAUUUCAUUACUGGUGUAAUAUAUGACUUUCUUUGUUAGUACCAUAUCUCCUUUUUUAACUUAAGUAAGCUUUAAAUAAUAUCAUGUAACAGGAACAUUUACAACCCUAACUCCUAUAUCAUAAUUUUAACAAUUUAUUUUAAUAUACUGCAUUUUAAAAUCAGUGUCAAAUUAUAAAUUAUACAGCAAAUUAUAUAUGAUUCUGUAUACAGUAAACCCUUGUCCAACAUGCGUUAGGUUCCUUUAGAAUGGUGUGUUAGGUAAUUCUGGGUUGAUAAACAUAAUUCUCUUGGGGAUCAUGAAUGUGGCCACAUGAAGUUUCCCAUUAUAUACACAGAUUUUUUACAAUCAUGCAAAUGAAUGCUGAAUCUGAUGGAUCAUUCAGAUCGUUGGUGUGUUAAGACUUCAGACUUCACGGAAACACAUAAAGGUGUUGAUAAAACAGGUAUCACUAGCAGUUGAAGUUUGGGAUUAGGAGAAAAUACUAAAGCAUGUUUGGCAUAAUGCAUAUACUAUAUGAACAUUUUCAAUGUUCAGUAAAUAAUUGUUCGUAUUUGUUGUGUGUAUAAGCAAACCCAGACUGGCCAAGAGUUUGCAGUUUAUGAAUCACUGGAAAGCUGAGCAAUACUUAUUUAAUUUUACAAACAAUCUGAAUUCUGUUGUGUGGUGUAGGACCGUGUGGUACAAAGCGGAUAUUCAGACUGCUAGCCGAACUGACAUACCUAUAGUCUAAUCAUACUAAAAAUAAAACUUACCCUGAUUAUAGUAAA